AGAUCUAGUGGAAAAUUUAGCGGAUACCUCUUUAUACCCUGCGGGGAUCUCCGUCGAGGCGUCCACCUGUCAAGUUGUGUUUAUUUGGAUGGAUUUUAGUUUAACUUGGAGAUUAUUAUGCGUUGUUUUCGUUCUUCUAUUCAUUUACACACUGAAAAAGUACUUUUAUGAAGACUUUGAUCUUUGACCAUGACGCGCAAAGUAUUUUACUUUUACAAUCCGGACGUUGGGAAUUUUCACUAUGGCCCGGGGCAUCCCAUGAAGCCCCAUCGGUUGUCUGUGAUCCAUAGUCUCGUGAUGAAUUACCAGCUGCACAAGAAGAUGCAGAUCUAUCGUCCCUACAAAGCCAGUGCCCAUGAUAUGUGCCGGUUUCACAGUGAGGAGUACAUUGAGUUUCUCCAGCGAGUUACACCUCAGAACAUCCAGGGCUACACCAAGUACCUCUCACACUUCAAUGUCGGUGAUGACUGUCCCGUAUUCGAUGGGCUCUUUGAGUUCUGCGCCAUGUACACGGGGGCUUCACUCGAGGGAGCCCAGAAACUCAAUUACAAUCUCGCCGACAUCUGCAUUAAUUGGUCUGGGGGACUCCAUCAUGCCAAGAAAUUCGAAGCAUCAGGCUUCUGCUACGUCAAUGACAUUGUUAUUGGCAUCCUGGAGCUUCUCAAGUACCAUCCUCGGGUUCUGUAUAUCGAUAUCGAUGUUCACCAUGGUGAUGGUGUCCAGGAAGCUUUCUACCUCACGGAUCGCGUGAUGACUGUGUCUUUCCACAAGUACGGCAACUACUUCUUUCCCGGAACUGGAGAUAUGUAUGAGAUUGGGGCAGAAUCUGGGCGGUACUACUCUGUAAAUGUACCCCUGAAGGAGGGUAUCGAUGACCAGAGCUAUGUACAGGUCUUUAAGCCCAUCAUUUCACAUGUGAUGGACUUUUAUAGGCCCACAGCAAUUGUUCUCCAGUGUGGAGCGGAUUCAUUGGCUGGAGAUCGCUUGGGAUGCUUCUCACUCAGCACCAAGGGUCACGGGGAAUGUGUGAAGUUUGUGAAGGAUCUCAAUGUGCCGACUCUGGUUGUUGGAGGUGGAGGGUACACACUGAGGAAUGUUGCCCGAUGCUGGACGUAUGAGACGUCUCUUCUCAUUGACGAGACCAUAUCAAAUGACAUCCCAAUGAAUGAUUAUCUGGAGUUCUUUGCACCGGACUUCACUCUUCAUCCUGAGAUUGUCACGAGGCAAGACAACAUGAAUAGCAAGCAGUAUCUGGAUCUCAUAGUACGUCACGUGUACGAUAAUCUGAAGAUGUGUCAGCAUGCGCCCAGUGUCCAGAUGUUCAACAUCCCAGAAGAUGCCUUGCCAGAGGAUGGCAAGAUUAAGGAUGAGAGUGAUCCGGAUGUGAGAAUUAGCCAAGCAGAUGAAGACAGAAUGGUUGAGCCGAAGAAUGAAUUCUACGAUGGAGAAAAUGAUAAUGACAAACUUGAGCCCGAAACGUGAAAUAAAGUGCAAUUUCACCGGCAAAA